AUACCAGAGCAUUAGACGAUCGUACUUUGUGAGGCGCUGGUCUCUUGCACAGACUCGGAGCAAGAUAGGCCUAGCUGGUUACAAGCCAAGAACAAGUAGAGCGGUAGAGGGAAAAUAUAUCUGGAGAGGGAAACAAUGGCGGGCGAGGAGGGUCUUAAGGUCCUCGGCCUGCAGGUGAGCCCGUUCGUGCUCCGCGUGUGCUUGGCGCUGAACAUGAAAGGAGUGAGUUACGAGUACGUCGAGGAGGACAUAUCCAACAAGAGUGAGCUCCUGCUCAAGUCCAACCCGGUGCACAAGAAGGUGCCCGUGCUCAUCCACAACGGUAAGCCCAUCUGCGAGUCACUCGUCAUCAUGCAGUACGUCGACGAGCUGUUCGCCGGCCGGCCGAUCCUCCCAACCGACCCCUACGAGCGCGCCACUGCUCGCUUCUGGGCUGCCUACGCCGACGACAAGUUGUUUCCAGCGUGGUACGGCAUGGUGAAGGCCCAGGCGGAGGAGGAGAGGGCGGAGAAGGCGAAGGAGACGCUCGCCGCCAUCGAGCACAUGGAAGUGACCUUCGCCAAGUGCUCCGGCGGCAACGCCUUCUUCGGUGGCGACUCCAUCGGCUACGUCGACAUCGUGCUGACGUGCUCGGCUCCUUCUUGUUCUGGUUCGAGGCGGUGCGCAGGGUUUUCGACCUGGAGAUCAUUAACGCUAGCAAGACUCCGCUGUUGGCUGCGUGGGCGGAGCGGUUUGUAGGGACUGUAGAAGCGAAGGAGGUGGUGCCGUUGCCCACGGCGGACAUGGCGGUACAGUACAUCAAUAAGCUUCAUGCCCCCCUGCCGCCGCCAUGAGUUCACAAUGAGUCGUGUAAGUGUAACCAAGCAGGGAAAAAGGUAAAUGGUGCGGUGCUUUGGUCCAAAUUCCAACCGAAUAAUGUUCAAAGCUUAUAUUGAUAGGCUUGGGUUGUUGUCAUCAAAUAUUGUGGUUCAGUCGUCUCCUCUGCAAUAAAUAUAAAUAUGAUUAUUACUUUCUUUGCCGUAAAA